AUGGACUCAAAGUCCAACGGUCGCCCCCCUCGUAGGAACAACCGUAAGAGGCCAGCCAACAACGGUAACGCAACCCCCGACUCUGAGAAUCGCCGACCUCGCCAGAGACCCUUCAGCACUGCAAAUGCCGCCCAGAGAACCCAAUCUCGAGAGGCUUCCGGGGCAUCACCUGCCCCGGCGACCAGCGCCGCCGCCGUCAUCGACAGCAACUCUCCUCGCUUCGCCGACUUGGCCAGUGAAAAUCUCCUCGACCCCGUGCUCCUAGACACCGUCACACAAGACCUCAAGUUCGACCGCAUGUCGCCUGUGCAGGCCGCCACAAUCCGUCAUCUGAUCGCCGACCGCGGCGAUGUCUUGGCACAAGCCAAGACAGGCACUGGCAAGACCAUCGCCUUUCUUCUCCCCGCCCUACAGACGCUGCUCAAGCGACCCAGUUCGCGCGGCAACAACGUAUCGCUCCUUGUCAUCUCUCCGACCCGCGAGCUCGCGUUACAGAUCGCCAAGGAAGCUGAGGCGCUGCUGCAGAGGCUGCCUCAAUACAAAGUGUGCACCGCCAUUGGCGGCACAAACAAGGAUAGCGAGCAGAGGCGCAUCCUGCAGGGCUGCCAGAUCUUGAUUGGCACCCCGGGUCGUCUUAACGACCACCUUGAGGAGGAGAGCGUGGUGGAGAUGCUGCAGUUUGUAGACACGUUGGUGCUGGACGAGGCGGACCGACUGCUCGACAUGGGUUUCAUCCCGCAGCUCAAGAAGAUCGUCGCGGCACUACCCAACAGGCAAAAAGUCCCCAGGCAGGGCAUGCUCUUCUCCGCCACUGUCGCCGAGCACGUCGCCAAGGUCUCCAGCAUUGCCCUCUCGCCCGACUACAAGUUCAUUUCCACCAUCCCCAAGGGCGAGUCCAACACGCACGAACGCGUGCCGCAGCACUUGAUCGUAGUCCCCAAUAUUCCCGACACCGUGCCCGCCCUCGUCGGUGCCCUGAAACACGAACUGUCCGAAAGCGCCAACCAGGACGAUUUCAAGGCCAUAGUUUUUGCUCCCACGGCUGGCCUCGUCGACUUCUAUGCUGCUAUUCUCGGCGGCCUGCCCAACAUGCCCCGCAUCCUGACGCUGCACUCGCGCAUGACGCAGAGCAAGCGUACAAAGGUGACUGAAGACUACCGCAAGUCCAAGGCGACCGUGCUCGUGGCCACCGACGUCGUCGCCCGUGGUAUGGAUUUCCCUUCGGUCACCAACGUCUUCCAGGUCGGUCUGCCGAUGGACAAGGAGUCAUACAUCCAUCGCCUCGGCCGCACGGCCCGUGCCGGUGCCGAAGGCCGUGGAACCUUUAUCGUCUCUGAGGCAGAGUCCUUCUUUCCCCGCAAGAUCAUGAAGGACUUUACCUUUAUCGACCAGCCGGCGGACCUGAGCGCCUGGAGCGACAUCAGGGAGCUAGCGCCGAAGUUGGACCUUUACAGCAAGGCAUACCAGUCCUGGCUCGGAUUUUACAAGGUCUUCACCAAGCCGCUCGGCUGGAGCAAUGAGCAACUCGUGCACGAGGCCAACAACCUGGCGCUCAAAGCCUUUGGCGCGCCCGAGGUCCCUUCUUUGAACAAGACCACAGUCGGCAAGAUGGGAUUGAAGGGUGUCAAGGGGUUGGUGGUGGUCCAAGACCCGCCCAGAGAGCAGCGGGGCGGCGGUAAUCGGCAAAGCAAGGGCCGCGGCUCCCAGUAG